AUGGCUGAUGUUGGCCUAAGUUUAGAUGACAUAAUUAAAAGAUCAAAAUCCUCAGGAAUGAGAAGCAGAAGCAGAGGGUGAGAUAAUUUCCAGAAAUCAAUAAUUAAUUUCACUCUCUUGUAGCUGCUACGUUAUCGAUUUCUAUAUAACCUUAAAAGAACGAAUCUGCAAUUACGAAAAGGAAAAUUUUUCGCAUAAAAUAUUGUCUGAUAAUAUUUCUCAAGAUUUUCCAUUUCAUCGACAGCUUUCUUUUUUUUAUAAAUUCUUCUGUUAUUUCGUUGGUCCAGCAGGUUUACUUUAUAAUUUGCGAAUAAUGAAAAAAUGUAUCUUAAGUUGAAAGCUGUUCUAAAAUGUAAAGUCAUAAUUGUCGUAAUUGGUUACAAAUUUUUGGCUCUUUUCUUCACAGAUUCUGUAGAUAGUCGUUAUUCAUAUAUAUAUGUUCUCUCAAUAUUUCGUUUUAAAGAUAUAUAUUGCAAAUAUUAUUUAUUGUAAAAAACUUACUCCGAUUAAUCUAUGUGUACUAAUAUUUAAUUCUAGCUUGUAUAAUUAACAAUAUUUUUUAGUAUGAUAUUGCAUCAAGAAAAAUUAAACAUCACAAGUAUGAAAUUAAUUGUAAUUUUUGUCAAUUUUUAUAUAGUGUUCGAAGAGGUAUUAACAGGGGUGCACGUGCUAAUGGUUCGUUGAGAGGACGAGGUUCGCAAGUUAUUACUGAUGCAAGAUUUAAAAUCAUACAGAAAAAUCGAGAGAAGCUUACAGAUGCGAGAGAUAAGCUUGCUGAAAUUGCCAAACAGAGCGAUGCUAGACUAAAGUUGGACAAGAUUCGUGCAUCGCAGUUUAAAAAGAUAGAAGCUCAGAUACCUGGAAUAUCUCAAAAAACAGGUCGUAAUGGAAGACUGUCUUUAUCAACCAACAAAAUGCCUCCAAUUAUGUCACAUACCGUGCCACCAAAUAUUCCAAAUAAUUACAUGCCACCACCUACUAGAGCAGUGGGUUAUAGGCCACUACCACUUGCAGAAUCUCAUUACAUGGGAGAUAUGAACAUGGAUUUUAUUGAUGAUUAUAUGAUGGAUUCAGCACCUUUAAGAAGAACUGUAAGCAAUGAGUAUGCUCCUACACCACCCCCUCCACCUCCAGCAUUCAGUAUUAAGCCAGCAACUUCAUACACAUGGGUAAAACCAACAAGCAGUAAUGUAAUAAGAAUUGUACCUCCGCGUAAACCUGAUGAAGAUCGAGAGCGUGAAAGAGCAAGAGAUUAUAAAGUAAUAACACGUUUUCCAAUGGACUAUAUUAGCUGAAGAUGCAUCAGAUUCAAAGUAUUACGAUUCAAGAAGUCAUAGAGACAUUGGAGUGAAAUCAAGAUUAGAUUCGGUGCCAAGUAAAUCGCGAAAUAUGGGUGUUGUCCCCCGAACUAAGAUAAGUUCCAGUUCGUCAUCGCAAUCGACCGGUUUUCGAAUUGUAGUAUCGAAUUUACAAGCGAAUGUCACUCAAGAAGAUAUCAAGGAAUUAUUUGAAGAUGUAGGAGAAUUGUUAGUGUCCCGAUUAGUACGACCAGGUACGGCGGAAGUAAUUUAUAAGACAUUAAAGGAUGCUACUAAAGCUGUUGAAACUUAUCACAAUAGACAAUUAGAUGGACAUCCUAUGAAGUGUCUUCUUGUAAAUCCACGACCAAAAAAUAAUCCAACCGGACCAGCUGUUAGGUCUUUUACAGAGUAAGUAUUUAAGAUUUUGUUAUAUUUUCUAUGAUUGUGAAUCUUGAAUAACGAGUAAAUAUGUUAUUACAGAUCCAGAAGAAGCGUUAGUUCAAGUUACGUACAACCAAGCUUAGGAGCAGUACAUCGUGCACUGUUCGAUGAUUCUUAA